AUGCCUCGCCGAUAUGCUUUCCGGUGGACCGAGGACGACGUCCACCACGACACCAUGCGUGCCUUCCUCUCCGAGUUCAUCGCCACAGCCAUUUUCGUCUUCGCCGCCGAAGGCUCCCUCCUCUCCAUCGCAAAGCUGAACAAGGACACGUUGAUCAACGGCGGCCUGGUUGUUGAUGCCCUUGCCAACGCACUUGCCUUCGCCGUGGCUGUCUCUGUCACCUCCAAUUUCUCCGGCGGUCACGUGAAUCCUGCCAUCACUCUCGGCGCUCUCGCCGGCGGUCGAAUCUCAGUCUAUCGGGCUAUCUUGUACUGGUUGGCACAGUUACUCGGCUCUAUAUUGGCCGCCGUUCUACUCUGGAUUUCCACCGGAGGAAUGAGACCAUUAGGGCUUGCAGUAGCGGUGGGAGUAGGACGGGCCAAUGCAGUGGUACUCGAGAUGGUGCUGACGUUCGGGCUCGUGUACACGGUCUAUGCAACUGGGCUGGACCCAAAAAGAGGGUCCAUCGGCACGAUCGCGCCACUGCUGAUCGGGUUCAUCGUGGGGGCGAACGUGUUGGUGGGCGGGUCCUUUGACGGGGCGGCGAUGAACCCGGCCCGUGCGUUCGGGCCUGCAUUAGUGGGUUGGAGGUGGCGCCACCACUGGGUUUAUUGGAUUGGCCCGAUGCUGGGUGGGGCCCUCGCCGGUUUGGUUUAUGAGUUUCUGUUAAUUACGACCGAGCCUUCACAUCCACGUCAUCAGCAUAUAGGUCCAGAGGACUACUAG